CUGGAGUUCGUUCAGAUCAUCAUCAUCAUCGUGGUGAUAACUGUUAUGGUGGUAGUGAUCAUCUGCCUGUUGAACCAUUACAAGCUCUCCACGCGCUCCUUCAUCAGCCGGCAGAGCCAGAGCAGGAGGCAGGAGGGGGCGCUGCAGGCGGAAGGGUGCUUGUGGCCUUCAGAAAGCUCAGUGUCACGCCAGGGUGCUUCAGAGAUCAUGUACGCUCCCAGGUCCAGGGACAGGUUCACCGCCCCGUCCUUCAUGCAGCGGGACCGCUUCAGCCGCUUCCAGCCCACCUACCCCUACCUGCAGCACGAGAUCGACCUCCCUCCCACCAUCUCCCUCUCCGACGGGGAGGAGCCGCCGCCCUACCAGGGCCCCUGCACGCUGCAGCUGCGGGACCCCGAGCAGCAGAUGGAGCUCAACCGGGAGUCCGUCAGGGCGCCGCCCAACCGAACCAUUUUUGAUAGCGACUUGAUAGACGUCUCCGUGUACAACGGGGGCCCCUGCCCUCCCAGCAGCAACUCGGGCAUAAGUGCAACCAACUACAGCAGCAACGGCAGGAUGGAAGGACCGCCCCCCACCUACAGCGAGGUCAUGGGGCACUACCCGGGCUCCUCCUUUUUCCAUCACCAGCACAGCACCGUGCCUCCUUCCUCGCAGAGGGGGAGCAGACUUCACUUUCAGCAGAACAGUUCAGAGAGCACAAUAGUCCCCAGCAAAGGCCACGAGAGGAAACCGGGGAACCUGGUGUAGGCUCCGUUGGAGCUGAGGAGGAGAGGCCGCGGCAGGGCGGAGGAGGAGGAGGAGGAGGAGGAAGGUCCCCGUGCCCCGGUGCCCGGUGUUGUUUCGUUUCACGUGGUACCGCUCAGUAAAACCAAACGUGCAAACCA